AAAUGGCUAAGAAAACAAAAAAUUCUGUUGCCGAUGCGGUUUACGCCAAAAAGGCUGUGAAAAAAGAGAAUCCCUUUGCCACAGCGACAGCGGCAACAUCGAAAAAACUCAAUCCCUUCGAGGUACACAUGAACAAGGAGAAAUUCCAAAUUCUAGGAAGGACAUGUAAACAUGAUAAAGGUCUGCCCGGUGUAUCACGAGCUAAGGCUAUUAAGAAACGUAAAGAAACUUUGGGUCAAGAAUUUCUGAGGAAGGAUAAAACCAAUAAAUUCAAAGAUCGUCGUAUUGGAAAAUAUUUGACGGGUGACCAAUUGAAUGAAGAGGUGAUGGCGGCACGUUUUGUGGCCGAUAAAAUGGAACGCAUGAAACAAAACAAACAUUCAAGAUUCAAUUUAAAUGAUGAUGAAGUGCUGACGCAUCGUGGUCAGACACUGGAAGAGAUAGAACAAUUUCGGGAUGACCGUUCCGAUGAUGACGCCGAGGAGGAUGAUAAAUUGGAUGCCGCCUUCACGGAAGCUGCCCAUUUCGGUGGUGACGAAAGUGCUGCCGCCAAAGAUCGUAAAUCUGCCAUUGAAGAAAUGAUUGCUGAGCAGAAAAAACGUAAAGUUGAAAUUGCCAAGGAGAAAGAUGAACUUUACGAUCUCACAGAAAAACUUGAUUCCAAUUAUAAGGAUCUCAUUAGUUUGGUGGGGAAAAUGUCCAAGAAUGAAAUGAAAAAACAAGAACCGGAUGAUUAUGAUCGUUUGACACGUGAAUUGAUAUUUGAACCUAGAGGUGUGGUAUCCGAUAAAUUGAUAUCCGAAGAAGAUAUGGCCAAAAAGGAGAAGGAACGUUUGGAGAGAUUGGAAAAUGAACGUCUCCGAAGAAUGAAAGCUGAGGGUGAAGAAGAUGAUGAAGAGGAUAAUAACAAACCUAAGCAUAGGUCCGCAGAUGAUUUGGAUGAUGGUUAUUUUGCUAAUGGCGUUGAAGAAGAGGAUGGCACCUUGGUGUAUACUAUGGAUGGCCAAUUGGGAACGAAUUUGAAUCAUGAUGAAGAUGAAAGCGGCGAGGAAGAAGAAGACGACGACGAUGAAGAUGAGGAAGGUGAAGAAGAGGAGGACGAUGAUGACGAUGAAGAAGAAGGUGAUGAUUUGGAUGAUUUAAAAGUAACUGACUCCGAAGGAGAAGAUUCCGAAGUGGAUAAUGAAGUGAAAUCAGAUAAACCCAAAAAGGACACAAAACCAAAAGAAACAAUGAAAAAAGUAAAUGUCCAGAGAACAGAUUUGCCAUUUACAAUCGAAAUGCCCAAAAAUUAUCCGGAAUUUGUUAAACUAUUAAACGAGUACAAGUUGCAAGACCAACCUAUUAUUGUCGAACGUUUAAUUAAAUGCAAUCAUCCAAAAUUGGAAGGUGUAAAUCGUGAGAAAGUCGUAAAACUCUUUGCCUUCCUGCUGCAAGUGAUAAAUGAGAAAUUCUCCGAUGCCGGUGCUGAUGAUAUACGUGAACAUUUUCAAUUCCUUUCGCUAAUUAUGCCUCAUCUUUUCGAUUUAAUACAUUUAAAUGCAGAACGUAUGUCCAACAUUCUACUCGAUGUCAUCAAGGAGAAAUAUUCAGAAUUUAAGAAAAAUUCCAAACAAUAUCCCUCUUUGGAGGUAUUGAUUUAUUUCAAGAUUGUUUCCAACCUGUGUUCAACAUCUGAUUUCCGGCAUCCCGUUGCAACACCAUGUUACAUAUUUAUGCAACACAUUUUGUCCAAAGCACGUGUAAAGAGCCGACAAGAUAUUGCAAUGGGUUUGUUUUUGGUUAGCUUAUGCUUGGAAUAUGGUAACAUCUCAAAACGUUUUCUGCCGGCUGCAUUCAACUUCCUAACGGGUUUAAUAUUCUUGUGUAUACCCAAGAGACCCGUGGAAAUUAUAAAAGUUGUACCACCCUUCCAAAGUCAAGGACCAUUAAAUAGAUUAUUAGCCAUAGCCACCGAUUCCAAGGAAUACAAAGAUAUUAAGGAAGAACCCCUAAACGCCGAAGAUUUAGUUACACAAUUGAUAAGCAAUGAUUUCAAAGUAAGAUCAUUAAAUCAAACCCUGCAACUUAUACAAGAUGCCACAUCUCUAGUCUCCGAACAUGUGGGUAGCAAUUUUUUGGUUGCCCCCAUUUACGAAAUGAUGGAUAAAUUAGAUGUUACACCUUAUCCCUCCUAUGUAAAGGAGAAUUAUGAAAAAACUAAAACAUUGUUGGAGACAGUGAUGAAUAAGCCGUUAACAAAAUUGGUGCCACCCGAAAAGAAACCUAAAGCUUUACGUUUACUUGAACCGCGCAUUGAAACCGUUUACGAUGAUAAACGUCGUCCUAAACUUACCAAAGAAAAAGAGGAGAAGGUGAAAUUGGUACACAAAAUUAAACGUGAAACUAAGGGUGCUAUACGUGAAAUCCGCCGUGAUACAGAAUUCUUACAGAAAAUACGUAUACAACAACAACUGCAAAGUGACAAGGAACGUCGUGAAAAGGUCAAACGUAUCUAUGCCGAAGCCUCGCUGCAGCAAGGCGAACUCAAUGCCUUGGAACGAGAAAAGAAGAAGAAAAAGAAAUUUUAAAUUCGUUUU